UAAUUCUUGAUCUUCAAUUCAUUCUGUUCUUGCUUAUUUGAAGAAAAUGGAUUCCAACAAGAUGAGCUACAAUGCUGGACAGGCCAAGGGCCAAACCCAGGAAAAGGCUAGCAACGUGAUGGACAGUGUUAGCAAUGCUGCUCAGUCUGCUAAAGAAUCCAUGCAAGAGGCUGGUCAGCAGGUGAUGUCAAAGGCUCAAGGAGCUGCUGAUGCAGUGAAGAAUGCAACCGGGAUGAACAAAUGA